AUUUUUUUCGUUUUGACUCUUUCAGGUGUUUAUCUCGCUGGUCCUCUGUGUUCUGCUAGACUAGUAAAGGUAAAUGGCCAAAGUAGAACUGACGCCAUUCAGAACGUGGGACGACUUCUUCCCCGGUUCAGAAAGAUUCGCGCGACCGGAUGUGAAAGAUUUGGCGAGAUGGAACAACAGAGUUGUCAGCAACCUUCUUUAUUAUCAGACCAAUUAUCUGGCUUUAGCCAUCGUAGUUUUUCUCAUUGUCGGGUUCCUGAACCCUGUGGGGAUGAUCACAGCCAUGGCCGUGGUGUCGGCCGUCGUCCUGGGGUCGCUGUGGGCCGGAGAGAACAGAGCCGCCAUCAGUAACUUGAAGAGGCAGAACCCCACAGCGUUCGUCCUCGCCGUCAUGGUGGCCAGCUACGUGUUGAUGUCAAUGCUGGGGAGCGUCAUGGUCUUCAUGUCCGCAGUCACGCUACCUCUGACUUUGAUAUUUGCACACGCUUCCUUUCGCCUCCGCAACAUGAAGAACAAACUGGAAAACAAGAUGGAAGGUGCUGGACUCAAGCGCUCACCCAUGGGCAUUUUGCUGGAAGCUCUGGGUCAGCAAGAGGAAAACGUCCAAAAGAUCCAGAGCUUUCUGGAAGGAAACCUGAAAGACUGACCAGACAUGCACACGACCAUGUUUAGGCCAGAGAUUGGGACUUUAUAUUCCAAAGCUUUUAGUAACUCUGUCCUGAAGUUUCCUCUGUGGGUUAAAAAGAAAGUGUGUAAACUGAAGGGCUUCAUCUCUUCUUCAGGGUAUCUUCUGUUGCUCAGAGCUCGCCAGGGAACUUUUCUCCAACCCCACAUGUCUGCAGGCCACUUUGUUACUAAGGAAUCAGUUUUUAAUCAGAAACCAGGCCUGAAUUCCAUGUACCGGUUUACUUCAGCCCACGUUUAAUAAGAAACCGACCAACCUGAUCAUGCAAAUAAAAAGAGGAGUGAGGCUCUGA